AGAACGCACUACGUUGUAGACAUUCUUCUUUUUAAAGGUACCUGCGAGACAUCGAUCGGUACAGGUAUUUGAUAACAUGUUUUCAAAAAUUCGUUAAAGGGACAGCAGAGAAUUAUUGUAAAAUUAAAUUGAGGAAAUAUCAUUAGGAACUGUUAUCGAGGGUUGGAAAUUGAGGAAGAGUGAUAUCAAAGUAUUGUGGGAUUGGCAAGAUUGGUAGUCUCACAGACAGAGAUCAAAAUAUUCUCUACACCAGAGAAAAUAUGGCAUCAAACGAAGAGAAACAUAACGAAGCUUCGCCGUCAAAAUCUAAGACGUGUGACGUAUGCGGAUUGAAGGCAUUUUGCAGAAGUCCAUGCGGUCAUUAUUAUUGCUACAGUUGUCUGCAUCUCCAAAAGGGAGAUAAAUGUUGUCUUGUGGAAAGUUGUCACUUCGACUUCCGAGAUGAGUAUGACGAAAUGUAUCAGUAUACCCUCAGAACAGCAACCGAAGAUAAACUCAGAACCCUGCCAUAUGGUAUGAAUCCAGACAAAAAAUGCUGCGAGGAAAUGGCACUUGUUCUGUUAAUGGACUGUUAUCACACGUUAUGUUUGUCCUGUGAAGAUCGAGAACUCAAGUAUGCAGGUGGACCAAACCAUUUGAUACAUCUUAAGUGCAACAAAUGUGAGGUUUCAUAUCUACGAGAUUCUGUACACCAUUUUAAGCAAACAGAUUUAAAAAGCAUUUCAAUGAUGAAAAUUGAAUCAAGUCCCAAGUGCAAUGGAUGUGGAGGAAAAGGGGCUAUGGACAGUCACAAAAUAUUAUUGAAGAGAUGUGGUCAUGUAUAUUGUAUCAAAUGCAGCGAAGCAGUGCUUGAGAGUUCAGAAAAAGAAACCAGAUGCAAAGUCUGUGAUACUAUAAUUUCAACAGAGUGCUUUAAAUACAUGACAUAUAUCUUAAAGGGAAAGGAUAAUGUGAUUGCUUCAGCAUUCGUUUUGCAGAAUGGAACAGAAGAAAAAUGCUGUGCAUGUCUUGAAUUAAAAGUCUGCCCGGUUUCUUUUCAAGAAUGUCGCCAUUACAUCUGUUUCGAAUGUGUUGGGAAAAGAAAAGUGGAAAAUGGGUUUUUCAACUGCCCCCGUAUUGAUUGCACAACGCUUCUUCCGAACAAGGGACUAAGAGAUGUUUUUACAAGUCAGAAAUAUAUGAUAAUACCCAUAGACCCCGGGGGAUUGAACAACGAAGGAUUGUGUUGUUAUAGGAAUGCAUUGUUUCAGGUUCUUGCACAGACACCUCUACCGGAACUUUGUCCCAGGGAAAUGGUUGAUGAACCGAAAUGGUUACGAUCUCUUUUGAAAAUACUGGAAGAAAUUAGAGAACUAAAAGUUUGUCCUCAGAUAUAUUUAGAUGACUUCUCUAGAUGUUACCAUGAGACUGACGGAAAUUUUCCUCCAUGUACUGUGAAUGACAGUCUGUCAUUGUUCCUGAGUUUGAUGAACAACAUAAAAGAGGCUGGGUCUAGAAAAUGUGGAUAUGAAGAUGCAGCUAAGAUAUUCCAGGGUAUUAUGUGGAGCCAAUUUUUCUGCCAAAGAUGUGAAAAGUCUGAACAUGAUGGAGCUAGUGUCUUCUUCAACCUUACAUUUCCUAUGAUAGACUCGAAUGAUGAAAUGAAGGAUCUCAGAUUUAAUGAAGUGUUCAAGUCUCUAUUCGCAAAGGAGAGCGUCGAACUUGUUUGUGAGCAAUGUAAAGAGAAGACGGCUAUGACAAAGAUACUGCAAAUAAAGGAAUUGCCUGAUACUCUUGUGAUACAGCUUGGAAAAAUUCAAAUAAAAAAGAUGUCAAGCGAGCAACAAUCCUUAUCAAAAUAUUUAGAGUCUACAUGCUUUGAGGAAUCCUUUGAAGUUCCAAAUGAUACAACACAUAAUGCUGAGGAGGGAAUUGAUCAGUAUGAACUCUUUGGUACAAUAGUUCAUAUUGGUGGUUUAGAAGACGGUCAUUACUAUGCCUUUGUGAAAAAGAAAAAUGGAAAGUGGUACAGAUGUGCUGAUACCACCAUAUCAGAAGCGAAUAUUUCCUGUGUAAAGCGUGAUUCACCUUACAUCCUUUUUUAUCGUCGAAUUUCAAGUAGUAAAUAGUGUAUUUUUGGGGUAGAAUUCAAUGUGAAAUAUCAAUAAAUGAAGUAGGAAUCUGGAAAUGUAAUGUGUAUAGUGUAUUUCAUAUGUACUGAAAAGAUUUACUUUAGAAUGUAGUUUUUAUGGAGGAGGUGACAAUGUGCACUUUUAGAUAAAAUAACAUGCAAGAUAUAGCUACUUCAGUGCAUCCAUAUAUAUUCUCUCGGGUAUCAAUUGUAUCAAUAACUACCGAGUAUAUGUAUAUAUGUAUUAUUGACAUACAAUUAGUUUGCUUGCA